AUGGCCCACGCGUCUAGCGACAGACCAGGCAGUUCGCUCUCCGACUACGAUGACUACGCUUCUUCUGUAGCUUCCAGCGCGUCCACUCAUUCGUUCAACGACGGGGGCCCUCGCUCCAACUUUGGGGGAUUCUCCUUUAUCUUCAAGCACGACAGUAAACACCAUCCGUAUAAUGUCACAGAUGCACCCUAUCCUUUGUGCUACGAUCGUUUCAUUCUCGAUUGUGAUGUCUUCAAUGUCAUCCAGCAGCACUGGGCGACUGGGCGGCUCGGCUACGGUGAUAGACCGGGAUCUAACCCCGUCCGCUUGCUUGAUAUCGGUUGCGUAUGGAUAAUCGAGGCAGCAAAGAGGUGGCCAGAGACGAGCUUCCCGGAUGUUGAAUUGCUUGAUGACCCCAUCGGUUCGCGUAUCUCCUGGGUACUUGGGAAUUUUUUGAAGACACCUUGGCCAUUUGAAAACGGCGAAUUUGAUCAUAUCGUUAUCCGAUUUAUUGCCAAAGGCGUUCCAGAACUGUCGUGGGAUGCUUUCUUUCAGGAAGUGAGCCGGGUUCUCGCACCAAGUGGAAUUGUGGAAUAUGUGGAGGAGGACGUAAUAUUCCCCCGCAUCCCGAGUUUGGAACCGCUUACCUCAGACUCUUCGUCGGAUCGUAGCUCACGUAGUGAUGUCAAAGAUACAGAGUAUGACGAAGACAAUCUUGAAUCUCUCUUUAAGGAGGUUUACUUGGAGAGGAACAUAAGCCUUAUCCCCACAAGGAUAAUUCCGUAUUACCUGAAUAUUUAUUUCCAAUACACCACCAUCCCGGCUCGAAUCUAUGUACCAUUCCCCGACAUCUAUUCAUCCCUUCCUGCUCCCAACCUAUCCCAAUCUUCGAAACAAACGUGCGAUCCAGUACAUCGGAUUCCUGAGGGAGAGUAUUCGUCAGAUCUAAGAGCCUAUCCAGUUACAUCUUCGCAGUUGAGCCCCCCCACAGAUCAAUCAGCUGUCCCUUUGUUCGACGCCACCCCUGGCUAUCCAUCAAAGAGCGAGAGCCAACCCCAGUCAAGGAAGCUAGGCCCUCUGCGGAACAGGGAGGCUGGUGAUGAAGCUGUAAACCACACCGAACGGAAGUCGCUAGAUCCUGUGACGGAUAUGCCAAACAAUCUACAAAAUACACCACCACUGUUCAUGGACUACGGAGAACUUGCAUUUAAUUUAUUCACAUCAGCAAUGGGUGUACUUGCCGUCAGGGAGGCAAUGCUAUCUAGCCUUGGGUCGAAAUCACGCGAUGUCCAAGAGGCGCGUGAAGCGUUCGAGGGAUCACUGGAUAUUUUUGUUGCUCGACUCUCGAAGUCCCUCGCACAUUCACUUGAAUAUCCUUUCUUGGAUGGUGCUUUACGGAGUGUUCUUGGUGACGGAAAACAGGUCUCGGAAAGAGUGGGACCCACUCCGGAGUCAAGAGAUCCCCCUCGUUCCGAUAGCUUUGACAAGGAACUUCUUUCGCAGAUAUCAUCGACGGUCCUCUCAGCUAUCCUGCAGCAAGAAGCUUCGCCGCUAGCCGAUAUUCAUGCACCUGCACCCACCUCUUCUGCCUCAGAAAAGGAGAGGGAGAGAGCUCAUUCAUCCCAGCCAACAUCCCCUAGCAUCUCACCAGAUUACCUCCCUGGGCAGCGCAAUCACUCUUCGAAUGAUACUGUACCUCCGCCAUCCCUCGCGGCAUCAAUGCCAGGACCUUGGAGCAGGGUGAUCGCCGUGUCCCCUCUACCGACAGACAAAGCGUCACGAGUGAUCCGCUUUUUCUUUGCCGAAAAGGCAGCCACCCCGGAUGCCCAACCUGUUCCGGGCCGUUACCAAACAUCUUCUUCGUCUCAACCUCCUGAAUCUUGAUCGGGUUGCACUGGCUGUAUCCCGAACUUAGCCUCCUAACUAUCAUUAUUCGCCGAUCUAGUACGCUUAUCAUAAGUCCCUGUGGCCCAUUAAACCUGCCAUAUUGUUUUUGUGAUGAACUUCUUGUAGCGUUCCAAUUUCCUCUUUCUUUUAGCCACAGAUACAGCAAGUAUAGCGACAAUUCACGUUUCUUCAUUAGCAAGCCUACGCAUUGCCUACUCUCACUCCCCUAAUGAUACCCAUCCAUGGAUACUGCGACAUUGUCUUGAUAUUCAUUCAUCCAUGCCCUAGUCUUUUACUUACCGAGUCUGCAACCCCCUGACAAUGUACUGAGUUGCUGACCUCAUCGGGUAGUCUCUUCCAUUGUAUCUACCCAUCGCUCUCUUGGCCAAACACUAUCUUCUUCGAGUACAUCUAGCU